CGUUGCAAGGAUUUUGACAUCGGUGCUAUAAAGAUGCGAAAGAAAACAUCCCUUCCAACCAUCAGCCGAUUCUAUUCAACCAUGACCACCACGACAGCAACCAACGGCCACAAAACCCCCUGUCAGCCAAAUCCCCACACCCUAAACGUCCACGACCAACGCUACAAUGCCCACUUCUACUCAGCCAUAGCCACCAUAAUGGCCCUGCGCCAAACAUACCUCCAAGACCGCUACAGUAUUGACUUCGCCUCCCGUAGUAUCCAGCGUCUCGAGCAGCAGCCUUACAUGCUUACUGUGCAAGAGGACUACCGUCGUCAUGACUCCGAGAUUCCUAGGACGUUCGACGAGACUCCCCCGGAAAUUCAGGGCAAUACGGUCGUGCAGGCGGCGCUCUUGUUCAAGGCCCUAGUCUUCCAAGACGCCCCCAUCACCCCACGUGACUAACUGGAUAACCACACUAUUCAACGGACGCACGCACACAGACGCACGAACCGGGCUCCAAGGCGAACCCGCCCUCGAAGGCGUCCACUCCGACGGCUC